UGAGUGACGAGUGGCCAGUGUUGACGUCAGUGUAAGUGAGAGGAGAGACGCAGCUGAACGCGUGCAGUAGUCGCGUCGCGCAGCGGAGGAGACACACACACCUGAGGAAUAGCGGCGCGAUGGCUGAUCAUCUGAUACAGAUCAAUGACUCUUCCGCCGUUUUCAAUCGAUUCGCGCGGAAAGGAGCUCUGCGGCAGAAGAACGUGCACGAAGUUAAAAACCACAAAUUUACCGCUCGGUUCUUCAAGCAGCCUACAUUCUGUAGCCACUGCACCGACUUUAUCUGGGGAUUUGGAAAACAAGGUUUCCAGUGCCAAGUGUGCUGUUUUGUGGUCCACAAAAGGUGCCAUGAGUUUGUUACUUUCUCCUGUCCAGGAGCAGACAAGGGCCCUGACACAGAUGAUCCCAGAAGCAAGCACAAGUUCAAGAUCCACAGCUACGGCAGCCCCACUUUCUGUGACCACUGCGGAUCACUGCUGUACGGCCUCAUCCACCAGGGGAUGAAAUGUGACACCUGUGACAUGAACGUUCAUAAACAGUGUGUGAUGAACGUGCCAAGUCUGUGCGGGACCGACCACACCGAACGCAGAGGAAGAAUCUUCCUCAAGAUCGAGGUCAGCGGAGACAGACUCCAUGUCACAGUGGGUGAGGCCAGAAAUCUGAUUCCCAUGGACCCCAAUGGGCUGUCAGACCCAUAUGUGAAGCUCAAACUCAUCCCAGACCCCAAGAAUGAGACCAAGCAGAAGACCCGGACCAUCCGCUCCUCACUCAACCCCACCUGGAACGAGUCCUUCAUCUUUAAGUUAAAGCCUUCGGAUAAGGAACGACGUCUGUCUGUGGAGGUGUGGGAUUGGGACAGAACCACCCGUAAUGACUUCAUGGGCUCCAUGUCCUUUGGUGUGUCUGAGCUGAUCAAAGCUCCUGUAUGUGGCUGGUAUAAGAUGUUAAACCAGGAGGAGGGUGAGUACUACAACGUGCCCAUCCCAGAGGAGAAUGACAUUAACCUGGAGCUGCGGCAUAAGUUUGAGGCCUGUCAGUUCAAUAUCCGCCUGCUGAAGAAAGCCAAGUUCGGUCCUGGGAAGAAAGUCAUCACUCCUACUGAUCACCGACGCUUCAGUUUGCCAUCUGGAAACAUGAACAGAGUUCAGCUCAGUGACUUCCAUUUUCUGGCUCUUCUUGGCAAAGGCAGUUUUGGGAAGGUGAUGUUGGCAGAAAUGAAGUCCACUGAGGAGCUGUAUGCCAUUAAAAUCCUGAAGAAGGACGUGGUGAUCCAGGAUGAUGAUGUGGAGUGCACAAUGGUGGAGAAGAGAGUGCUGGCCCAGAGAGAUAAGCCACCUUUCCUUACCCAGCUGCACUCCUGCUUCCAGACUGUGGAUCGUCUGUACUUUGUAAUGGAGUACAUUAACGGUGGAGACCUGAUGUAUCACAUCCAGCAAGUGGGCAAGUUUAAGGAGCCACAAGUCGUAUUCUAUGCAGCAGAGAUUGCUGUCGGACUCUUCUUUCUUCAUAGGAAGGGAAUUAUUUACAGAGAUCUGAAGUUGGAUAACGUGAUGCUGGACUCCGAGGGCCACAUCAAGAUUGCAGACUUCGGCAUGUGUAAGGAAAACAUGUUUGAGGGCAUGGCAACACGCACCUUCUGUGGAACGCCAGAUUACAUUGCCCCGGAGAUAAUCGCCUAUCAGCCAUAUGGUAAAUCGGUGGACUGGUGGGCGUACGGUGUGCUCCUCUACGAGAUGCUAGCUGGGCAGCCUCCAUUUGAUGGCGAGGAUGAGGAUGAGCUGUUUCAGUCAAUAAUGGAGCACAACGUGUCCUACCCUAAAUCCAUGUCUAAAGAAGCAGUGUCCAUCUGUAAAGGGCUGAUGACGAAGCAUCCAUCCAAGCGUCUAGGUUGCAGUCCAGAGGGUGAGCGAGAUAUAAAGGAGCAAGCUUUCUUCCGCAGAAUCGACUGGGAGCGCUUGGCCAACAGAGAGAUCCAGCCUCCUUUCAAACCCAAAGUGUGCGGCAAAGCAGCGGAGAACUUCGACAAAUUCUUCACCCGCACGCAGCCCAUGCUGACCCCUCCAGACCAACUGGUCAUGGCCAACAUCGACCAGAGCGAAUUUGCUGGCUUCUCUUACAUAAACCCAGAGUUCAUCCACCCAUCGUCGCUUCACAGUGUGGUAUGAGACGGCCCGAAGAAGAAGAGGACCGCCCCUCCUGCUCAAACUAACAACCACAUCCAUGUUAUUUAUGAACUCACCAAAUCUUUGUGAACAGUUUAAUACCCUUUAUCUGAACAUAUCUGAACUGAGGAGGGCUGGUUGAAUGAAAUAAUAUUUUAAAGCAUGCGUCCACAUUCAGACUUCUAAUGGAGCUGGUGUAAGAUCUCUUCCAUUGACUGGUGAUGAUUUUAAGGCACCAACGACUCAUUCCUGAGAAAAUGAUUAUUUUAUGAGGCUCUAUCUCAGUUAGGAUGCUGCUUGUGUUGGCAGUGGACAGAAAGGCAGCUCUCAGAGUGAAAAUGACCUCUUAAUAACGAGAGUUCAUCGAUUGCCUGUAUGCAGAUUGAUGUUAUGUGCAGGUUCAGUAUAUUUUACAAAACACAGAUAUUUUUAAGGUGGAGACAUUGAACGAUCUCUUAUUCCAGUCCUCAGAUUCUUUGUGUGUGAAGCAUGCUGACAUGAAACAGGUUUUUGUGUCCUGUUCCUUUUAACCUCUCCUGCCAUUUCUAAUGUUCCUGAAUUAUAUAUUUGUAAAUCAAAAAAAAUAGAUCUUGUUAUAGGAGUGCCAAAAUAUAACUGUAUCAAAAGUUUUUUUUAUAUCCAGUUCUAUAUUAUGCAUAUUGGUUUCCUACUAGAUCUGUUGGUGGUGUCCCUUAACUUGGGCUGAAACUUGAACUCUUAUUGCUCCUCGAGUUUUAGCAUGACGACUUCCAAUCCCAUCACUGCCUGCUCGUCUGGUUCUGACAUAUUCAACAUAUACACAAGUUUUCCUCUCUAAAUGUAUGAAUUGUGAUUCCUCGUUGCUAAUACGCAGGCCUUACACACCCGCAGAAUCCUGCACAUCACCUGUCCUAUACUCAUCCACUUGCAUGAUUGUUUUUAUUAAAUACUUUGGAUAAUCUAA